UUCUCAGUGGGAAGUCAGUGAUCAAAUUCAAAUGUAUUAUUAGCAUAAACGAAUCGUGUCGCAUAAGUAAUGUGAGCCUUGAAGUAUGAUUUUGUGCAUUGUAAAAAAUUCGUUCUAUAAAACUGUUUUAAUAAGAUUGUCUGAAUGAGACCAAAUUACCAGUUUUACACACUCUAGUAGAAUUCCAUUCUACCUUCUGAUGAUGCUUAUACACGGGUUGCUCGAUAAGUUUUGAUAAUUUGUAAUAAUUAUUUCUAUAAGUCAAAUCUGAUAGCAGCAUCGUAUAGCCCACUGUUAUAAAUGGAAUGCGUACUCAGAACACUUUGUUAUUUUAGUCUAUUUCUGCUAUUUAUAAUGACUAACAAAAUUCACUUCUGCAAAAAAAAGAUGUUUCGUUUCGAUAGUUUUCCGAAUUCAAUCGAGGUCGUCGUGCGCUCCAGAGCCAAUUAUUGAUGCUGCGCAUGGCCAGAUUUCCAAAGAUCGUUAUGUGACAUUUCAGGGUCACUUUCAUACAUUCAAUACUAUAUGUACAUUUGAUCGGAAAAAAGAUUUGUUCGCGUUAGAUACAGCAUGAUUUGACAAAUAAUAAACGGAAAUGUAGCGAAAAUUUAAUCAUGGUACUUCAAAAUAAGACUGUGAUGCGAAUGAAAUUCAACAACGGUCAAUGAGACUAUGAAUUUGAGUUGAAAUUGAAAUGAAGUAAUCGGUUUAGCCAUCUCAGAGAAAUCGAUAUGAGACUCCUUCUAGAAUAUUUUGAUCACUGUUUCCGGUGCUUCGCAAAUCUAGGGUCAGCUGCCGCUAGAUUGAGUGUAUUUCACAUUCAUCUAACAACUGAAAACUGGAAGAAAAAUACUGCUCAGUUUUGAGCUAUUCGACAUGAAAAUUAAUCAACACACGUUCGAAGAUGGAGAGAUCGAAGUUGCUAGUGAGGAGAUGUUGAGCCAGGAUCCACUGUCCGACAAUAAGCACUCAUUCGCCGUUUCACUCUCACUAGGAAAUCCAUUCAUCAACAUCAAUAAAAUCAAAUACCCAAAUACGCAUUUUCAGCACGAUCAAAUGCACACAAAAUCGACGUACCCAGGAAGAUUGACACAAGAGAAAAGCAUCGAAAACGUACAUUCGUCAAAUUCAACGCCUCAGCCUACUUUCGAAGAUGGAGAGAUUGAACUUUCCCGUCCGGAAAUUCUGAACCAAGAACAUAUUGUCGAUAAUAAACAUUCGCUCGCAGUGUCGCUCUCGUUAGGCAACACGUUAAUUAAUCUCAACAAAAUCAAAUACACAAAUGCCCAAUCUCAUCAUGAUCAAAUGUCUUCUAUGCGCCCUGAAAUGUUAGCUCAGUAUCCACUAGCAGACAAUAAGCACUCGCUCGCGGUAUCACUUUCGCUAGGGAAUACAUUAAUCAAUCUCAACAAGAUCAAGUGUCCACAGUGUCGGAAGCGUUUUGAUACGAUGGAGGAAAUGCAACAACAUCGCACCAAACAUCUAACGGAAAAUAAAUUUAAGUGCGAAAUAUGCAGUAAGGAAUUCCCUAGUCACAGCUCAAUGUGGAAGCACACCAAAGCCCACACCGGUGAUCGUCCAUUCGUUUGCCAAAUCUGCAACAAAGGGUUCACGCAACUAGCUAACCUGCAACGUCAUGACCUUGUUCACAACGGACUGAAGCCUUUCAAAUGUCCAAUCUGCGAAAAGUGCUUUACGCAGCAGGCAAAUAUGCUGAAACAUCAGCUCCUUCAUACCGGACUUAAACCAUACAAAUGUCCGGUGUGCCAGAAAGCAUUUUCUCAACAUGCAAAUAUGAUAAAACAUCAGAUGCUUCAUACAGGUUUGAAGCCUUAUAAGUGUCCAGUGUGCCAUAAGGCUUUCACCCAACACGCCAACAUGGUUAAACAUCAGAUGCUUCAUACCGGUUUAAAACCUUAUAAGUGUCCCGUUUGUGAUAAAGCAUUUACCCAACAAGCCAAUAUGGUCAAGCAUCAGAUGCUGCAUACUGGAGUAAAACCUUACAAGUGUUCUACGUGUGGCAAGGCUUUUGCACAGCAGGCAAACAUGGUCAAGCAUCAGAUGCUUCAUACCGGAGUGAAACCAUACAAAUGCCCAACCUGUGAUAAAGCUUUUGCUCAGCAGGCGAACAUGAUGAAGCAUCAGAUGCUCCACACCGGAUUAAAACCGUAUAAGUGCAACACGUGCGGUAAAGCCUUCGCUCAACAGGCCAACAUGGUUAAACAUCAGAUGCUUCAUACGGGUAUUAAACCGUAUAAAUGCAAUACGUGCGGUAAGGCUUUCGCACAGCAAGCCAACAUGGUCAAACAUCAGAUGCUUCAUACCGGAGUGAAACCCUACAAAUGCUCAGUAUGCGGUAAAGCAUUCGCACAGCAAGCAAACAUGGUAAAGCAUCAGAUGCUCCACAGCGGAAUAAAGCCAUAUAAAUGUCCAACUUGCGAUAAAGCUUUUGCCCAGCAGGCUAAUAUGGUUAAGCAUCAAAUGCUGCAUACUGGCGAAAAACCGUUUAAAUGCAAAAGCUGUGAUAAAGCAUUCUCACAACGUGCCAAUCUCAAAAAGCACGAAAUGGUCCACCUUGGAAUACGUCCGCACACCUGUCCAUUGUGCUCCAAAUCGUACUCGCAAUAUUCAAACCUUAAGAAACACUUGCUGGUUCACCAGAAGCAGUCAAUGAAGCAACAACAGAACGGACAAGUAAUGAUGAUACUGUACAACUGCCAGACAUGCAAAAUGCAGUUUGAAAACAUUCUCGAAUUCGAACGGCACACUAAACAAUGCAACGAAUUAAACAACGGUGGUCACGGUCUGAAGCUGGAGAAUAUCAAUAUAAAGAGCGAGAUUGACAUUGACGGCAGUUCCAGUUCAGGAAUGCCACAGCACAUCACUAUUCCGCACAGUCAGCCUCAACCUUCGAUGCACGUACCCUCAGCGAUAUUGACUUCCGUGAUCUCAUCAUCUUCGGCAGUGAGCAAUGCCCACACUCUAAGCACUGCUCAUGCUAGCCACCAUCCCGAUGUACACCCACAGCAUCCUCAGCCGCAGCAUACACCGCCAGCCCAGCAUCAGCAACAACAACAGCAGCAACAGAGUAUACAUCAGCAGCAACCUCCUCCAUCCCAUCAGCAUCAUCCUUCACUACAGCAGCAGCAUAAUCUUCCAAUUCACCUUCAACAGCAGCUAUCGCAUCACCUAAUAUCCACGCAUCUUCCCCACCAAGAUCACGGGUCUGCUGAUCUGCACCAUCAGGUCAACUUCCAUCAUCCACACAUACCGCAUAUUCCUAAUCUACCGCACAAAAUCUUGUCCCCUCUUUUCCACAUUCCUCCCUUCAAUAAUAACCACAGCACAUAAUGGAACGCUCGCAAGGGAUCAUCAACGGCUGAUGGGUCCCUAACGGCUGCCGAAACGGCUUCCGCUGUUUCGACCUUUGUGGCCAAGACUGAACCAACAUCGCAGUAGAGCCUUGAAUGUGCUAGACUCUACUAGAGGCGGAACACCAGUACAUACUUGUGUAUGGUGUAACCAUUACCACCGUAAUGGUCAUGUCCUGCGGUGACAUCAAAUCAAAACGUGUACGAAUGCAGCAAGCUAGUGGUUAGCGUAUGAUUAAAAGCGAAACGUGUUGGCACUGGAUAUACUCAGAGAGUAUUACAUAGAUAGACUAUUAAGGGCAGUGUUGAGUGUUUAAAAUGCAACUUUUUAUUAGUUUCUAUAACUGCAAAUAUGUACGCUUUUUGUUAUUCAUCCCCAAUAAACAACGAAAUAGUUGUUGAAUCGGCGAAUGAAUCUAGUUAUGAUGGCUCUGGUUCUUGAUGAUGCUACGCAGUGGUAGAAGUUUUAAGAUAUUGACAAGUAUCGGCUGUUCAAUCGGUAAUGAGUAAUGAAGUGUUGAUCGGUUUCAUGUUCAGUUUUAUUACAAUGAUGAUUACGAUUACGAUUUGGUGUAAUGUGCUCUUCUGUAGUACUUAGCUUGCGGCGACGGAAUCGACGCAGAAUAGCGAAACAAGAAAAAUUUACCCUGUUGCAGUUGUCCGUAUGAAUGGGCGGGCCACCAUAAUGGUACAGGUUGGAUCGAUUUCAAAUGAAUGUCCCUGGAUGUUCUAACCCUUUCGUUACCUGUUCUAUGGAAGUUAUAAGCAAAUUUUCAUUUAUGCUUGAAUAACUGAUUAGAUCAAAUGGAAGCUGUGCCAGUGAAACUUUAUUAUGUGGUAAUGAUGAAAUUUAGUAUAGUAAUUGUGUGGAAUUGAAGCAAUCGGAAUUUGAAAUUAUGCGAGACUUCUGUAACCGAUUUUAAUAAAUAUAUUGAUUUCACCUGAAAAUACCUCAUAGAUCAUAGAUGUUUUUGGAACUAGUAGAAUUUUUUCGCUCUCAACUAAUUUUGUUUAGGAGCAUUAAAAUUUGAAUGAAUAAUUGAAUGUAUCAUCUUAUAAUGGCUAUGGAAACAUUGUCAUCGCAACAGUCAAUAUAGCUUUCUAGCUUCUAGUUUCGAAAGGGUUCAAAAAUUAUGUCAGUUUAAAAGUUGAUACAAGAGAUAAUUUUUAUCUAUGGUCUGAACGUAAUAUUCAGUUACAAUUCGUCAAUAAGUUAACUCUGGGUGGCACCGGCAGAGCUGCAAAUUGUCAGUCAUGUCAAAUGACCUUGACAUACUGACUAAAAUCAUCGUCAACUGUAAUCGGUACGGUCAAAGUGUCUGUCAAAUGAGAUACUCGAUAGUUCUAUGACCAAGUAGAAGUAUACUCAGUCAAAGACAGGUGACGCAUUUUGUUCUCUCUCUCAUUCUCCUAUUCCCUACACGGGACAAUAUUAUUGUCAGUCCGCAUUUUCCGGAAAAAUCAAGCGUUUGGAGCUUCAAAUAUUGCAACUGAACAUUGAAAUAUUGAGAGAAGAGUUCAUUGCACAUAUUUGACAGUUUCCUCUCUGGAGAGAAAGUAUUGUCGGAUUGAUGAGCAGUUUUGAUUUUUUGACAAUAUUUUUGUCAAGCCGAUGAAGUUUCCACAUGUGACAGUCAUAAUUCGCGAAAAAUAUCGCGAUUCUCACUCACUCACUGAAAUGUCCGAAAUCUAAAAACAAUUUUGUUUUGAAGCCGAAUGUCUUAGAAUUGCAUGAAUCGUCGAAAUCUGGUGUUAUCGAGUUAGACGUAUGUUUCGUCAAAACACGAUCAGUCAAAGACAGGUGACGCAUUUUGUUCUCUUUUUCAUUCUCCUAUUCCCUACUGAAGUAAAAAAAUUCCAUGAGAGUACUAACAUAAACAUAAAUUGAUAAAGUUUAUUGUUCUUUGUAAAAAGCCAUCGGAUUUCGGAGUUUAUUGGUGUACAUGAAUUUAAUUCAAUGUAUAUGCUGCUUGAUUAAUAUUUAGUCACAUCUUAAUCAAGCAGUGACAGGAGAAAUGAAGAUAAUAUCAAUCAAUGAGCGUCCUAGUGAGUAUAAUAACAAGAGAAUUUAAGUUAUAACAGAUCGGCUCUCAGACACUCAAUAUAUGAUGAUUAGUAGAGCCUGGUUGGCAGCAGUCCAGUGACAUAAACUUUCCAAUCUUCGUCGUGCAAAGUUGUUCGUUGAUAAUGACAUUUAGCAGCUCUGGGCACUGGAAAAAAAAACUGUUCCAAAACUCUGCGUAUCGACCUUGACUUCGCGAUUAAUAUUGAGCGAGGCUAGACCAAGUGAUCACUUCUGUGAACUUCAAUUAAUAGAGAGUAGAUCUGGCCUUGUUAUGAAAAAUUUGCAAGGAAAAACGAAAAUUCAACGAUAAAUUGUUUUAUUUUGCGUGCCCCACGUUACUUAUACGCAAACCAUACACCAGAGUGCUCACCGGCGUGUACACCUCUGUGAAAGUAUCUGCAUUUACCUCAGAGAAUUUAUUAGCUCUGCUUUAGCACUUUGGUGCGAUUCAGUGGAGGAGAUAAAAGUAAAUAAACAAACAACACUCAUGAUGCGUGCACACUUCAUACAACAGUGGUGUUCACGGUGGAAAGCAAGUGAAGUGAAUGUAGGUCCUUAUUACGGAAGUCGCUUCAGAGAUAAAAGUAAUUGCUUGGAUGAACUUGAUGUCAUUAUGAACAUCACGCCACCAACAUUUUGUUGAAAAAAAUUGUUUUUUUUUCACCACAGUGAUCACUUCACUAUGCGUGAUGCUGGUAAUAGGUAAAAUCAAGUGAAGUGACAUGUAAGUGAAGUGAAUGUGAAAGUGGAAGUGAGAACGGUAAUAAGGGCCAGUGAUUAAAACAAAAUUGACUGGGCAAUAUGUGUUCAAAAUCUUGCCAAAUUUCUAUACGUAUAUUUCUUUGAAUUUCUAAUUUGCCACCCCUAUAUACAGGGUCCGGCACUCGAAGUGUAACCAAUUAAAAAGGCCAUAAAUUCAGUUUGGAAAAUUACUUUUACUUAAUUCAAAGUACAAAAUGUGUAAAAAUAAUACAAAAUUCAGAAUCAAUUCACUUUUGCUCGAUAUGACCACCUUUUGCCUUGACUUGAUGACUUGAGAGAGCGAAGGAGUUGCUUCGUUUGGCCGAAAGCGGUCAAUUUCCGAACAUUGUAUUUUCUGACGAGAAAAUUUUUCCAAUUGAGCAAUUCGUAAGCUCUCAAAACGAUAGGGUUUACUUGACCGACCGUUCAUACGAGAAUUUGAGUCAUCGAUUGGCCACCAGGAGGCAGCACCCGCAACAGAUAAUGGUUUGGGCCGCUGUACCGCAGAUGGGCGCUCUCCAAUCGUUUUCAUCGAGCCUGGCGUCAAGGUAAAUGCGACAUAUUAUCGGGAAAGUAUUCUGGAGGUUGCUUUGAAGCCGUGGGCAGACAAACAUUUCGGUGGCAGACCAUGGACGUUUCAGCAGGACUCGGCACCGUCUCACAAAGCUCGAGUGAACCAAGAAUGGCUGAAAAACAACGUUCCGAACUUCAUCACGUCCACACAAUGGCUCUCGAAUUCACCAGAUGCGAAUCCAAUGGAUUAUUCUCUUUGGGCCAUUUUGGAGAGCAAAGUCCGAACUAAAAGAUACACCAGUCUCGAGGCGCUGAAAAAAGUUAUUGUCCGCGAGUGGGCCAAAAUACCUGCAAGUCACAUUCGGCCAAACGAAGCAACUCCUUGCUCUCUCAGGUCAUCAAGUCAAGGCAAAAGGUUGUCAUAUCGAGCAAAAGUGAAUUGAUUCUGAAUUUUGUAUUAUUUUUACACAUUUUGUACUUUGAAUUAAGUAAAAGUAAUUUUCCAAACUGAAUUUAUGGCCUUUUUAAUUGGUUACACUUCGAGUGCCGGACCCUGUAGAAAACAAAAAUGUGUUCCAUAUGAUGUUAAAUCUGCACAAAAAAAAUGCAGCCCAAGCACAACACAAGUCUUUAGCUUGCUUAUGCUUUUUACUUGUAUAACGCUCUCAGACGAGUCCGUACCGAAACACGUGAAUUAUAGGUAAGGUGAUGAAACUAUCAUCAGCGGCCCUUACACGUGACAAUAUUAUUGUCAAUCCAAAGUAUUUUCAAUACCGUCAAUCCUGGCUUGAUAACUUGAGUCCGAGUUUUUCAAAAAAUUCAAGCGUUUGGCGCUUUAAAUAUUGUAAAUGAAUAUUAAAAUAUUGAGAGAAGAGGUCAUUGCACAUAUUUAAUAGUUUCUCUCUUGAGAGAAAGUAUUAUCGGAUUGAUGCACUGAGGAUACUACACGUUGGAAAAUCAUACGAAUGUACUCUGAUUUUUCGUCGCAAGUUUUUCUAUUUAAUAUCCUAGUUUUGAACUAUGUCAUGGUCCCAUUCGGAAUUCCUGAAUUUCAUCCGGAUGGAGUUAUAGGGUAUAGUGUGUUCAAUAAAAAAUUUUCUAAACUUGUCUCAAAACUACACAAAUCGGUAGUCAUUAUCAGUAGGCAACUAAACAAACCGAUUUCGGCUAUCCUGGUUCCCGGUAUACGGUUCCGGAAAUUAAACAAACAUUUCAAUCGUUAUUUAGAGUGCGAUGGCAAAAUUGUAUAAAAUCUUCAAAAUUUGAAAAAAAAAUUAGUAGAGUUUGUACGUCAUGUUAGUUGGUGGUCGUACGAACCGACUUCGAUUAUACCGGUUCUCGGGUUCCGGUGCCGGAAGUGCAUAUAAUAGUAAACCCACUUCGUUUUCUUAAAGAUGUUUCAUUCUACAUGUUAUGCACAUACAAUCUCUUGGUUUCUUUCAAAAAUCGAAGAGAAAAAUUUUGAAUAGAAUACCACAAUAUUAUACAUGAGAAAGGCAUCAUUACACCACUAGGUGGAUUAAAACAGGUUUUAUAUCUAAAUAAGGCUUAUUCUUAAGUGCAGUAUCCUUAGUGAAAUUAAACUGGUAUUCCAAUUUACUUGGGCAGAAGGAAUAGCAUCAAUAAUUUUAGUUCUCGUCCAACAAAUUAGGACGGUUAUAUCCACUCCGCACUCUAAACAUAAAAAGAUUAUUUAGGUACACAGCGCAUUAAAUAGAUUAGUUAAAAUUACCUCUGAAUACUUGCGACGUACUAGCCGGAAUCGGAAGAUCCUGACGUAAAUCAUCAGCGGAAGCCAUGUUGCACUAUUUUUGAUCGAGUAUCAUACGCGCCAACUAUGAUUUUUUUUUCACACAAGAUGCAACUUUGAAUUUCAUUGAGCUGACGUAUGAAAUGUGCACGUGUAUCGUAUACAGAUCAUAAAGCAGUUAAAUGAAAUCUAUUUCAUUGUAAUGAAUCCCAUACGGCAGCAAUGAAAUUGUCAAAAAUAAAAAAAUGACACAAUCAUAAGAUUUGACUUCUUAAAUGCAGUAUCCUGAGUUUUGGUAUUCUUAAAUGCAGUAUCCUGAGUGUGAGCAGUUUUGAUUUUUUGACAAUAUUUUCGUUAAUCCGAUGAAGUUUCCACUACACGAUUAAAAGUAUUUACCCCGAUUCUGCAAUCCGACGGAUUUGUGAUACGAACGAAUCUACACUUUCGUUCGAGUUCUAAUUUUGCAUUCUUUAUUCCAUUCGACUUGUAUGAUUCGAUCGAACUCACGUUGAAAUUUCGAACACUAAUCAUCAAAGCUGUCAACACUACUCACACGUUCUAUAUUAUUUAUAGUAUUAAUUCCUUAGUAAACGAAACCGUCACACUCGUAUAAAUAAAUUGGAACGAUUCUAAACCGAACAGAAGUAAUACGUAUGCAAGUUGAUCGAGUAAUGUUCGAAAAUUGAACAAUCGAACGAAUGAUAUUCGAGUUCAUACCCAACUCGAAAAGAAUACAGAAUGGAAAUUGCACAUUCGAUCGGAAUAUUUCGAAUCGAUCGACGUAUAGAAUAGGGUUGAUUGUCAAUACUCCUUGUAGUGACAAUAAUAUUGUCUCGUGAAAGGGUCGCUUAUGCGACAGUCAUAAUUCGCGAAAAAUAUUGCGAUUCUCACUCACUCACUGAAAUUUCGGAAAUCGAAAAACAAUUUUGUUUUGAUGCCGAAUGUAUUAGAAAUCGUCGUGAAUCGUGGAAAUCUGGUGUUAUCGAGUUAGACGUAUGUUUCGUCAAAACACGAUCAUAUACGAGGCUUGCACGGAAUUCUACUUCAUGUGCCGGUUUGGAUGUUUACUGGCUUUGUACGACUUGUAGUUUCCCUGGCAAGAAUUUUUCGCACCAUUUGAAAGUUGGCGUUGUACCUUUUGGUCACAGCUCGGACCCCAAUACCUUGCUGCGCAGCUGAUGGUCUCUGGUUAAGGCAAGGUUUCUCCAAAAAUCGCACUUAUUGUUUAAACAAUAUUUCAAAAUUAUACUCUUUACAGAUAAAAGUACAUAUAUAAAUCAUCGUACAACUUUUUCAUUCAUCUUAUUUCCACAAUAUGGCGGCUCUAAAAACAGCUCCUUAAACUCGUUCGAUUUGUUGGUGGGUGUCAUCAUUUCUUGAAAACGACUUUUAAGACUACAUUUUAGACAAAUGCACAAAACGAAAUUUGUUUGAGCUUAAUUUUUUUCACGUUUCGCCUUCAGCUCAUCAGUGCGUAAAGCAAUUCAACUUGAAUUGGCUUUAAACCUUAAACAACCUUUGGGGAUUUGAAAAAAAUAGAUUGCAGACGCACUCAUUUUAAUGAGAAUGAAGAAUAUUUUUAAGAGACUUCAAGAUAGGUUUGCUGCCAUUUAAUUGUGCUUUCAUUAUAGUAAUGUAUUUCACUUCAAACAAUUAACAAAUUAGAGAACUUUGGCUCAAGAUGCGAUUGAUUACAAAUUUUAGAACCGAACCAACCAUUCAAUAUUAUGUCAACGCUAUUCUUAAAGGCAGCAAUAAAUUCGAGUCCGAAAUGAACAGGAAACAGACUUGUUUUCUAAAAAAUUAUCGAUUAUUGCCUUAUUAGGUAUUAUUCUAUUCAAUUUGCAACUAUGAGAUUAAUACUUAAGAAAUCUUUCCAAAAUAGAAAAUAACAUAACGUUUCAUUGCUAUUUCAACCGAUAUUUGUCAAUAUGUGAACAUACGAAAUGAACAGAGAAAUAAAAAACACAUAGUUAAGAAGAGAAAAACAGAAACGAGCGAACCUUGUGAUAUUUUCCGAUUGUGUUGCGUGCUGAAUCUCGACAGAAGCUGCUUCUAGUGAGUCAAAUAUGGAAUGUGGAUAUCAAAUAAUAACAGGAGCCAGAGUACCUAUGCAUCUCUUACCAAUAAUUACCUUAAUUACUGAGCUCAUGGUGAACUGCAGUAGUAGUAGUAAGAAUUUGAGCUCAAAUUAACUUGCAAGGUAAUUAUUGAAACAUUCGACAUUUUUUUGUUAGCAAAUCGGGAGUUGAACUUGGAAACGUUCAUUGUAUAUAACUAUAUAGUAACAUAAACCUAGAUUUUUAAAAAAGUAGGAUGAUAAUCCUCAAAAAGUCAGUAUAAGUUGGAAUUUUGGAAAUAGUAAUCAGAGGUAGAAUAAUCAACUAUGAAUUGAUCAUAAUACACCACACUAGCAGUAUAGCAUGGAAACAAGACAACUUAUCUGCGGAAACAACCCAAUCUAGUUUACGCUUUGCCAUGGUGGAUUCAAAUCCCGGCUCUUAUAAUAGAAGCGAACAGACUGAAUGUUAGUAGCUUGUUAGUCUAGCCCCUACCAUCAAUAAAUAAAAAUAGUCCAGCGGUUAUGGCUAAGGAAAAAAGAAAAAGUCGUUUCGGGCUAAAGUUCCUAAAGAAAAUAACUCAGAAUGGUAUGAAAUUAUGCUAUCGCUAGUAGGCGAGCAUGUGAUAGGAGCCGAUUAGAAGUCGAGAGUUCAAUAGCCAAUACUCUCGUGAUUUAGUAUUUUUGUAAUUCCUCAUUUCAGUCAGCUGAAAUCGCGCCUUUGAAUACUGAUCUCUUAUCUAUGUUUUAUGUCAUCGUGUGGUUGUUUGAUCUCUCCACACUGUUCUCUAUUUGGACGACAGUUUUGCCAUUUACCAAGAAAGGUUUAGAAACAAUUUGCUCCUAUCCGUACUAGUCUUCCGGAGGGCGAUUUUGUGUUUUACGAAACGAUAUUUUGAUUGAAUAUUUUGCUACACGAUUAUGAAGUGACAGUGAAUUUUGCCCCGUGGCAGAGUGAAAAGUUUUGGUUACAGAAAACAUGAAUCUCUUCACAGACAGCACAAGAUUCAAUCGUACGUUCGCGUUACUAGACUUUUUGGAUGAUUAUUAAAACAGUUCCUACCAGAAGUGCUUCAUAAAAAUUUCAAUAAUUAGAUCCUAGGUUCAAAAAUAAUGAGAUUCGUUCAAAGCAGAAAAUAAUUGCAUGUCGUCUAAGUUACACUUCUCGAAAGUAGUUUCGAACAAAACUAGUGGUCGUCGAGCUUCAACUUCAUUUAGCGUCAUUUUAAUAAUUGGAUGCAAUUCGUAAAACCAGCUGAGUUGAGACAAGAAAUGGUUUACUUUACAGAUGGUGUGAAAAAUAUGUUAACCUUCAAGUAUCAACCAUACUAAGAGAUAUUAGAUGACACUUUGUUCCAUCUAUGAACGGAAUACUGAACUAGAACUAGACAUUUACGAAUACGACUGAACGUAUAGAUUUCGUUAGUUUUUUUUUCUUCAUCCUCAUAAACAACACUAAUCAAAACCGUAACCCAUAGGAUAGGGUUUCAAUAAACACAUUAACAAAUAUUACAUGCUUGCGCUCUAAAGUCUUCCAAAGUUUAAGUUACAUUUUACUUGCAAAAAAAACUAUUGAUCUUUCUCUCUAGAACACAAUAUUGUUAGAUAUUGCUAUCGUAACCGGCUAGCUUUUGUUUCGCUCGAAGCACAGACGGCUCGACGUGAAAUAGGUUUUAAUUGAUCCUCAACAGAAUUCAGGUUUAAGUUACAGAUACUAACAUUAGACAUUAGUGUGUAAUAAGGAAGAAAGUAUGUGCGAAUUUCGCUGCUUUUAAGGAUAGCAGUAGCACUCGAAAGUCAGCGAACAUCAGAACCAGUGCGCUGUUUGCAUAAUACUGAAACACAGACACUUAAUGCAUAUACGUAUGUAUAAGAAAUAGGACUUAAAAUAGUUGCGCCAUUGGCAAAUGUAGGAUAUUAGCGAGGAUUAAAUGUGUAUAAAAAAAACAAUGAUAAAAGUAGAAGUUAAAAACACAACUCCAUUAGCAGUAAUCAAAAUAUAUCUCUAAAUCGCCACAAUCAUAUAUGAUGUUAAAUAACAUGCGCGGAAACACAGAAACACUCAUACACACACAAUGCUAAAAGGUGAUAGACAUGUUAGAAAGUCAUUUAUAUAAGGAAAAGAAACGGAAAGGAAAAUGUUAAUUUGUUAACACAAGUGCUUGAAUAGGAAUAUAUCAGACGAAACGAACUUUAGCUGGUGUAACAGUCGCGCAGAUGGGAGCUUCCAAGAACUCCUGGCUGGCGCCGACACACGAACCACAAUAAUUGGCUGUUGAAUAGAGAGUGUUACCUUUAAUUAAUUGAUAGAUGAUGGUUAGGCUAGAAACAGAAUGAAAAACAGAGAGAGAUAUAUAAGUCAGUCUGGAUAAGCAGAGCAGAGUUACUGUUCAAAACAGUUUUGCGAAGCGAUUAAAAAAAACAGUGCAAAAAGGUAAAAUCUUUAGUAAAAGAACGAAACAGAAUGUUUUAUUGAAAACAGAAAACAAUACUUUUUAUUUUAUUUUUUUAACAAACGAGUCAAAUAUGACGAUGAAACUGUUGAUGUGAGAAAUAAAAAAAGGAAGAGUUUAAAUAUGUUGGCUGGUUAUCAUAUCUGACUCGUUGCGCAGUGCGAUAUGGCUUAAGUUAGAUGCUAUUCUAUUUCCCAGUUUUUGUGUAUACACUGAACAAAAUGUUACUUCACAAAUAAAAAGCACACAAAUGUUUAACAAACAUCAGCGUGGUCUUAGGCAAUACAUUGUUUGAUGCGUUUUUUGGCUGCUGUAAAUGAUUCGUUAAGCGUAAUUUGAAAAAAAAAAUGGAAUAGUAUAGAUUUCUCUUUUUUAUUACAUUUUCCUAUUAUUGCUACGAUAAACAAUCAAAUAAAAAAUACUUAUAGACACA